GUAUGUAUGUAUGUAUGUAUGUCUGUUGGCGGACCGGAUAACAAUUUUUCAGGCGUAGCAAUAAUGUUCAUAGGCAAAUACCCACAGACGCUCUGCGAUCUUAUGAGCGCAAAAUGUGCAAACCCCUCUUCACCUGCAAAAUAGCCCUAAGAAUCGAAUGGGGCAUAUCCCCCUAUAUUGUAUGGUGGCCAGACCUCGAAAAGAAGAACUUCCUUAAGAAGGUGGAAAAAAUCCUGCGAGCAGCAGCAAUAUGUAUAUGCGCUGUACUACGAUCUACCCCAAACGAAGCCCUAAAUGCCAUACUCAGCAUACCAAAUCCAGGUCUAGCUGGAAUAGAACUAGCGAAAGAAGCGGCAAUCAGGCUAAGGAAAACGCAGCAAUGGAGCACCCUUAAUAAGGGCCAAUCUACCAUUCUACUAAAUGACCCACUCCUUUAUGGUAAUACAGACUAAUGCACUCUCAGGGAGUAUUCACAAACUCCUUUAUAUAGGUAAGGGAUAUCCAUAACCUUUAUGCUCCCCUGAACCAAAGUCCAGAAC